UCUGGAGCUCUGGCUCGCGCAGCAGCGUCACGCGGAGGCGGAGCGAAGACUCGGGGACAGCUUUUGUAUUUGCUAUUGCUUCAGUAUGGAAUUCUCUUCCCCCAGCUGUUGGCAUGUCUAGUUCAUUUGCAUUUUGGGCAUUUCAGCUCAGCUGUCAUCUCAGUGACCAGUUUUUAUCUGAGCAUGAAUCUUGAUGGCUCCGCACAAGAUCCUGAAAAGAGGGAAUAUUCUUCUGUCUGUGUGGGCAGAGAAGAUGACAUUAAAAAAUCUGAAAGAAUGACAGCUGUUGUCCAUGAUAGAGAAGUGGUCAUUUUCUACCACAAGGGAGAAUAUCAUGCUAUGGAUAUUCGCUGUUACCACUCAGGAGGACCUUUACAUUUGGGAGAUAUAGAGGAUUUUGAUGGACGACCGUGUAUAGUUUGCCCCUGGCAUAAAUACAAAAUUACUUUGGCAACAGGAGAAGCAAUGGUGGGAGAAUCAAAACUUGAAAACGAUAACAAGGUUUUCCACGCCUGUCUCCGACUUCCUAGGAUUCACCCUGAGCCUUUCUCAGCAAUUACUACUGUGCUGGCCUAUUUGACAUUGACCAGGCAUGUACAUCUGCCCAUCUCUUUCCUUCCUACUCCAAAGCAUAGCCAAAAUAGUCUCCAGUGUUUCAAAAGACUUUAUACCAAGGCUAGGGGAAUGCAAAAAGGGGGAGCUACUGGAUGCCAAGUCUAAGAUACAGUAUUAGAAAACCCAGUUUGCCCUCAGAAACUCUUAAGCCUUACCCUCUCCUGCUCUUGUGCUCAACUCAUUCUAUUCCCAAUGCUAAUGUUCUUGCUCUUAGCUGUCGUUUGCAACAAAAUCUUCCUAGAAGCUCUGCCUCCAUUCAGAUCUCAUUACCACUAAAAAAGUAUUUUUGAUGGGCAAACUGAAUGUCAUUUCCAAGCCCAAAACCUUUCGGUGACUGGUAUUUGUGUUACAUAUAAGGGAAAGUCCAGUCUUUUUCACAUGGCAUACAAAGACCUCCACAUUGUAACUACUUGUUACAUUUCCUAUUUUCUACUAUUUCCUAUCUCAACCUUUCUAUCCUACAUGCCUUUAAUUUAUAUUUAUUUGACAUUUUGGAAGCACGCUUGCUGCUAACCCACACUGCCUAUGGAAUAUGCUUCCCUUCACCUACCCACUGAUCCCACUCUUUUCUUUACCUUGAAAACUACUAUUCAUCCUUUGGGACCCAACUUAAAAGCAUCCUUCCUCCAUGAAGCCUUCUCUGACCUUCCUCAGUAGAGUCAUUCACUCCUCUAAAUUAGCUAUAGAGCUGUAACACCAUAUUCUAAUGCAAUUACUUGUUUACAACUCUAUCUCCAUUAGAUUAAGCUCAUUGGUGGAAAGGAUCGCAUCUUGCAUAUCUCUGUAUUUCCUCUCUCCAGUCCCAAGCAAUAGUGAGGUAUUUAGUAAAUGUCUGAUGGCUGGUUGUCUGCAGGCAUGGUUAAAGGUAGCUCUAAUACCUCUCCUUUGGAAUGAAAUAUGUAUACUUUGUGAUUACUGUGUUACUCAGAGUGCUUUUUGUUAAC